AUGCACCACUUGCACCCGACCGCGGACCACAGCGACGAAGCGCCCUGCAGCGCAUCGGCUUGGGCGGACCCGGCAAGCCCGCGCGAGUCGCUGCACUCCGACUCGAGCCACGUUGGCAGCCCGAACACUGCUGCGGCGGCGGCCGGGACGCCCAACAAGUGCGGAGGCCCAUCGGGGCUGCAGCGCGUUCGGAGACCGCUGAACGCCUUCAUCAUCUGGACCAAGGAGGAGCGGCGGCGACUGGCCCAGCUCAACCCCGACCUGGAGAACACCGACCUCAGCAAGAUUCUCGGCAAGACGUGGAAGUCGAUGCCGCUCUCUGAGAAGCGUCCAUAUAUGCAGGAGGCGGAGCGUCUGCGCGUGCAACACACCAUCGACUACCCCGACUACAAGUAUCGCCCCCGCCGCCGCAAGCAGGUGAAGAAGAGCCCCAAGAUGCCCGUCGCUGAACCCGCGUCGCCGCUCCGUCCCCCCGCCGGCUUGGACCUGACCUACGACCUGGCCUGCCUGCUCCACAACCAGCAGCACCAACUCCACAGCUCCUUCCCGGCCACUUAUCCCGCUCGAGGCUACGCCACUGCUCCCUUUUUUCCGGAAGCUUUGCGGGAGGCCUACCCGAGCGAGCCUCACCUGCGUUUCGGGGGGCAGCGCCGAGCCGAGCAGGCCGAGUCUAGGUUCUUCGGUGGGCCCUCCCUGGACGUCUACCUGGAGCGGGUGCAGCUGGACACGCUGUACGAUCUGGACCGCAGCGAGUUCGAACAGUACCUGGGCCCGCCGGGGCCCCUCGGGUCUGAGGCGGAUCCCGGCUGCUAUCGCAGACAACGCUCGCUCUCCUGAACAACACAAAAUAUUGCACGUUCAUUCAGGUCUGCACAGACAUUUU